UAUAAUACCAAGUAUCAGCUGCAGCGGGUGCUGGUGCUGGUGCUGGAGCUGGAGCUGGUGUCUGUGUCACUGUGGGUGGGAGGGCCAUUUAGUUGCCAGUUGCGUUGCAUUGCGUGCGGUCGUGGUUCCGUUAACCGUAAAGAGGCCCCCCACACUGAUCAAGGAGUUCCUCCGGCCACUUAACUGUUGCAGAAUCCAACCUCAUCGCAAUGGACACGCCCAAGGGAUCGGAAGCGGUAGAGUUCAUUGUGAAAUACCGUCAGGAUUACUAUGAUCUGUCCGAGUUCAUGCACAAGCAUCCGGGUGGCAUCAACACACUCAAGGGCCUCAAUCAGGCGGAUAUGACGGCACGCUUCAUGAAGGCUCCACCCCACUCGGAUGCGGCCAUGUAUCUGAUGAAGGAGUACAAAGUUAAGUCGGAGGACCCUCGUGUACCCGCAGCUAAGGCUCGACAUCAGGCUCGCAGAAUAGACAAUGGCCAGGACUCACAGCAGCAGCCGAGGGAGCCCGAAGACAAAAACAACAAUCAAUUCGAUGAGAGCAUGGAGCACUUGGUAGAUUGGUCAAAGGCCAUGCUGCCGCAAAUCGCCAACAUAACGAAAUGCUACGAUGAGUGGGUGCACAAGCCAGUAGACAGGCCGCUGCGGCUAUUCGGCCCCUGGUAUUUGGAAAUGUUGACCAAGACGCCUUGGUGGCUGGUGCCCACAUUCUGGAUUCCCGUCAUCAUACGGUGUGCGUGGGAGGACAUUUACAGCAGCUGGCAGGACAAGAGUCAGCUUGCGUGUCUCACUGGCUACUUUUUCUUCGGCGUGCUUCUGUGGACAUUUCUGGAGUACACUCUACAUCGUUGGGUGUUUCACAUUAAACUAAAGAGCAACAGUGGACCCUGGAUAUGCACGUUUCACUUCAUGAUCCAUGGACUCCAUCACAAAGUACCUUUCGACGCCAUGCGCCUUGUGUUUCCCCCAGUACCGGGAGCCAUUCUCGCCAUGCUGAUUUAUACGCCACUUAGUUUUUUCCUUAUCCAACCGAGAGUGGUCCUGUCAGGUGCUCUCGCCGGCUAUCUGUGUUACGACAUGAUGCACUACUACCUGCAUUAUGGCAAUCCAUCUUUCAGUCAUAUGGUCCAUAUGAAACGAUAUCAUUACCAGCACCAUUUUACGCAUCAGGACCUUGGAUAUGGUAUCAGCAGUCCGCUGUGGGAUGUCGUCUUCAAGACGCGUAUUCAUUUGAGAAAGCUAAAGUACCAACUGCGUUGGUCCUAGCCAUGUUCGAGUUUGGUCAAAUCGUGCUAUUUUAGAACAAAUUGUUUAGAUGUAAGAAUAAGUUAAUAAGUUGUUAAUACAAAUGAAAGAAAGAAUUAAGACGCUGAUAUGGCUGAUGUGGAUAUGACUCCCCUCAUACACAACAGAUAGAACAGAAUAUAUGCAAGAAUAUACACAUCUAAGCCGAAGUGUAUGUAUGGCUAGUGAUUUCAUCCAAUUAGAAAUAUAGGCGUUUUGACGAAGGAUGACGAUCUAGGGCU